GAAGGUCCCCCAUCUAUGCAAUUUGUUUCUGUCCCUCCCGGUCUGCCGUACGCGCGUUUAUCAUCCGGGGCCGGAAGUAAGGAGGUCCUUUCCCCCGCAGACUCCAACAUGGCACGAGGACCGAAGAAGCACUUGAAGCGCGUCGCGGCGCCCAAGCAUUGGAUGCUGGACAAGCUCACCGGAGUAUUCGCUCCUCGUCCUUCCACCGGUCCCCACAAGCUGAGGGAGUGCCUACCCCUCAUCAUCUUCCUUAGGAACAGGCUGAAGUACGCCCUGACUGGAGAUGAGGUCAAGAAGAUCUGCAUGCAGAGGUUCAUCAAGAUCGACGGCAAGGUCCGCACCGACAUCACCUACCCCACCGGAUUCAUGGAUGUGAUUAGCAUCGAGAAGACAGGAGAGCACUUCCGUCUCAUCUACGAUGUCAAGGGACGUUUCGCCAUCCAUCGCAUCACCGUUGAGGAGGCCAAGUACAAGCUGUGCAAGAUCAAGAAGAUCAUCAUCGGCACCAAGGGAAUCCCCCACUUGGUGACCCAUGAUGCCCGCACCAUCCGCUACCCAGACCCCCUCAUCAAGGUGCACGACACCGUCCGCAUCGACCUGGAGUCCGGCAAGAUCACCGAGUUCAUCAAGUUCGACACCGGCAACAUGUGCAUGGUGACCGGCGGUGCCAAUUUGGGUCGUAUCGGCAUGAUCACCAACCGGGAGCGUCACCCCGGCUCCUUCGACGUUGUUCACGUCAAGGACACCAGCGGCAACAUCUUCGCCACCAGGCUGUCCAAUAUCUUCGUUAUUGGCAAGGGCAACAAGCCAUGGGUAUCCCUUCCCAGAGGAAAGGGCAUUCGUCUGACCAUCGCAGAGGAGAGGGACAAGAGAAUUGCUGCCAAGGCCAUCAGCGGUUAAACUAGUCCCCAAAAGAGCUGGUUUUCAAUAAACUGAUAUUUACUAAA